GUCUCCCUACUUCCUGCUCUGUAGUGUGAAGUGACAGACAGGUCAGAGAGGCUACAUGGAGUGCAGGUAGAGCAAACUGGGUCAUGGGCAGGUAUAGGCAUUGGCGUGGUGUGCAGCUUCAUGUACUCUGAUGGAAUUAGAGAGGCAUUAGUUGAACAGCACCUUUUUCCAUUGUGUAGAAUAACAUCCUGUCUGCUGAACUCAGAGACCCCUGUGAAUAUAGUAUUCAAGCCGUUGGCUCCACCUUCACCUUCCAGGUGUGGUUAACUGUUAACUGUCCUUAUUACUGUGCCCUCAUGCUACCAUUGGGGCGACCUUAACCACGUGAACAUUCAAACCAAUUAUGGUCCCCUGCAACAGCUUACGAUCAGGCUCAUCUUCUGGAGAAGGAUUUCUGCAAAUGGGAUCGGGCUACUUACAGAGGCUUAGCAUGACGUACUGCCACUUUGAGUUUAAUCAUGAGGAUCCUCAGCAAUCGUCUGCUCGCAGGGAAAGGAACAUCACGAUUAGCUUCACCUGUGAGAUCAGCCACGUUAGGAGGGAAAGUUUUGGACAAGAACAAAUUAUACCGAGAGAACAUUACUCAGUGGCCCAUUGAGAGUUUUUGGAGAUUGAUGCGGUAUGGGAGAAUAGACUUGAGGAAUAACCACAAUCCCUCUGUUUGAGUCUUCUCAAUUUCUUCACUUUGGGAUGGAUUAUAGAUCUGGGCUGACUCUCCUGUCCUGCUGGACCAGCCAGAGGAGACCCUGAUCACAGAGACUAGUUCACAGGACCUGAGGUUGAACUGAGGCAACAGAAGUGAAGACUAAGGGUCCAAAGCUGGAUAAGUUCCCUACAGCUUGUGAGAUAUCUGUGUAGUAUCUGUUUAUAACUGUUAAGAACUCAUCAAAGGUUAAAAAAUGGCGCUCAUGAAGGUGAAGUUUGACUUGAAAAAGCGUGUCAAACUGGCCCAGUUUGUCUGGUUUAUGUACUGGUUCUCAGUGAUGGCCGGGGUGCUGGUGUUCAGCAUGGGCCUGUUCUUUAAGAUCGAGCUGCGGAAACGCUCUGAGCUCAUGGACAACAACGAGAGCCACUUUGUUCCCAACUUGCUCAUUGCAGUGGGUCUGCUUGCCUGUGGCAUCAACGCCUUUGGAGGCAAGAUCUGCUAUGACUCCCUGGAUCCUACCAAGUUUGCCAAGUGGAAGCCCAUGCUGAAGCCCUUCCUGGUGUCGUGCGUGAUUUUUAACGCCCUUCUGGUGUUGACGGCUCUGCUCUGCUUUCUUAUGAGAAUUCCCUUGCAAUUCACGCUGGCAGAGGGGCUGAAGAACGGCAUGAAGUUCUACAAAGACACAGACACCCCUGGCCGCUGCUACAUGAAGAGGACCCUGGACAUGAUGCAAAUGGAGUUCCGUUGCUGUGGCAACAACAACUACAAAGACUGGUUUGAAAUCCAGUGGGUUAGUAACCGCUACCUGAACUUUGGGGCAAAAGAAGUAAAAGAUCGUAUUGGCAGCAAUGUGGAUGGUCAGUAUCUGAUGGAUGGGGUUCCCUUCAGCUGCUGUAACCCCAGCUCCCCCAGACCCUGCAUCCAGUACCAGGUCACCAACAACACAGCCCACUACAGCUAUGACCACUACACCGAGGACCUGAACAUCUGGAAGAGGGGCUGCCGCGAUGCCCUGCUCUCCUACUACGGAGGCCUGAUGAACACCAUAGGAGCCCUGGUGUUGCUGGUGACCAUGCUGGAGGUGGGUGUGAUGGUGGGUCUGCAAUACGUGAACACCUCCCUCUCCACCCUGGCCAACCCAGAAGACCCAGAGAGUGAGAGUGAGGGCUGGAUCCUGGAGAAGACUGUGAAGGAGACCUUCACUGACAUCAUGGCUAAGAUGAAGAACAUGGGCAAAGGCAACCAGGUGGACGAGGGAGCGGAGGCUCCCGUCGCCACGGUGAGCUGAACAAGCUCCGCCCAUACAAACUGAAACCACCCUCACUGAACAGGGGAGAGAGAGAGAGAGAGAUUGGUGUUGCUACUAUUUUACCCACAUAAAACAUACUAAACAAUACUAUAAACACAUUUGGCUUGCUUUUGGAAACAUAUAAACAAAUGGACUUCAGUAUUGUGUAAAGGGAAGUACAUCAUAGGUCCCUGAGUACAUAUAGAAAAAGCAGAAUUUAUGAAAAAUGUGACCCUUCACACCGAAGACAGAAACACACGCACAGUCACCACACAUGCUCAUGCAUACGUAGACCAACUCAGACGACAGCUCUGCUUUGAAGCAGAUUCUCAUUGUGGGAUUCUCUCUCUUUGUUUCAUAGGUAAAGAAUGUUAUUGCUUAUUUCAUGUUUUUAUUUUUAAUUUCCAUCCUGUCUAUACUCAAAUGUGGGAACACAACAAACCAACAAGCUGAAGGUCUAACACCAAAAAAUGCAUACUAUCAAUAUAUUUGCAUUUUACCACAAUGGGAAAGAAUAUCAUUCUUUUUAAUGUGAAACGUAAGGUCAGUACUACAAGGUCAGGUGAGCAGGUGUGUCGUUUUCAGAGCGGUGUGGGGAUGGUGGUUGCUAUGCAGCCCCCCCUCCCAAAGUUCUAAAGGUUAAGGAGUCAAGUUGGUAUUGGUAGCUCGAUGAGCAGUGUUUUUUAUAGUGAUUUCACUUGUAGGUAAAUAAUAGGCUACAGGCAAAGAAAAUAAAUGACAUGACACACAAAACACAGCUUCUCAACUUCUACUGCAUUCGUCUUAAAAGGCUGGGUUGUGCUACUGAGAUGGGGUAGGAGUGUGAGGGAGAGGGGAGCGGUCAUUCUGGGGUCUCUCAGGGCUGGAGAGAGGGGAAACUCUGGAGUGUAGGGCUGGGGAGAGGAGGAACUCUGGGGUGUAGGGUUGAAGCCAAAGUGAGGGGGAAAGGAAAGGGGCAGGCACCGGAGGGAACCAUGAUAACCACAAAGCUGGGGAGGACAUUUGAGAUUGGCAGCUAAAUCCCUCCCACAGAACCCUGAAAUCUGACCCCUCACCUUCACCACUCAGUGUUCCUGUGUCCUAUUAAAUGUGUCUAUUUUAGGUAUGGACCUGCUGUAAAUACCAUUCUCACACACUCAAACACCAACAACUGGGCUACUGUCUUUGUAAAUAGUGUAGAAUUGAUACAAAACUUUUUUUAAACAAUGUAAUUAAUCAAAUUCUUUUAUUUUAUUGACUGUAAAGAUUUUUGUCAUGAAAAAUAUUUUUGUCUCUCUGUCUCUGUACGCGUAGAAAAUGAUGAUGAUUAUUGUACACCAGAAUAAAGGAACAUAGUCAUGUGUUAGAAAGGA